GGCUUAAACUCUAUUCUUUUUGCUAUCAAUAUUGACAAUGCGGACCUGAAUGGAUCAGCAAAGACGGCUCCUACAGUGUCUUAUAUUCUAAAAGAGUCCACUCAGAAUGUCACCUCCUUGCUUAAGGAAUCCACGCAAGGUGUCAGCAGUCUUCUUCGAGAUAUCACUUCAUCCUCUGCUGUCUCUAUACUGAUCAAGCCAGAGCAUGAAUCUGACCCUCUUCCUGUGCUUUCAAAAAGGCUUACUACUGAUGGCAAAACUAAAAAGGAGCGCAAGAAAAAGAAAAAAGCGUCGACUAUCAUCUCAUUUGAUGAGGAUGUGGAAGACCCAGAUCUUGUGAAUGUUGCAAAGAGUCUGAUGAGUAGCAUAGAGAGUUCAGAGGAGCAGAUUGACAGGUCCUCAGAAGCUGUACCUCACUUUGAAGCACAGUUUCAAUAUGACUUGCGUGACCAGGAAAAUGAUGACUCUCCUUGUGUCAAUGGGGAUUUUGACUAUCGAAAGCUAGACAUGCAAAGCAUAGAUAAUGAACAGCUGGAUGACUAUGACACAUAUGAGCCAGAAACUGUCAGCAUGUCUGGAGCCAAGAGUGCUUCCUGUGAACAGUAA